AUGGUUGAAGCAACUAUCAGUAGUGACUCUAGUUAAUAGAAUAUUUAAUUUUUUACAACUGAAGGCUAUACAAAUUUCUUUGAUAAUAGUUUAGGAAAUCAAAAAACUGGAGUUUAUAAUUAAGUUUUUUAGCAAAAUACUCUUUCAUUUGUGGUAGUAUAAAACGAAUAGUUUUGCUUUUAUCAAUAGACAUAGCUAUAUCUACCAUUUUACUAACAAGCUGAAAUGUACAAAAAUAUUUGGAUUAACGAAUAAUAUUUAAAUGAGGACAAUUAAAUACUUAGUUGUAAAAGUAUGUAGUAGGUAAUUAAUAAUAACGAUCUAAUCACAAUAUAAUAUAAUAAUAUAAUAAGUCAAACCAUUCUUGUAAUCUAUAAUUUAAAGUUAAAAAAAGUAAUCACAAAAUUAAAUAUUCCUUCUUCUGUGUCAAUAAUUAGUGUGAUUGGAAGUAUUUACAUUUCUAAAAAUAAUCUAAUACUUGUAACUAGCUAUAACAUGCUAUUUGAUUUAUAAUAAAAUGAAUGGGUAAGCAGUUUUUCAAAUGGUCCUUCUUCUAAUUAUAUAAAUUACUCAAUCUAAAUUGAAGAUGCAAUAUUAGGAAUUGAUAAUGACAAUAUGAUUCUUUAUUUAUAUGACAUUAACAAAAGAACUGUUGUUCAAUUAUUUUAAAAUUAUUCCUAUUACUGGAUCUAAUAUGUUCAAGAGUAAAUUUACAACAAUGAAUAUGAAAUUGUUUUUCAGGAUUAUAUUUAUCUUUUUGUAAAUUAUCAAUACAUAGUUGCUUUUAAUUUGAAAACUCUUACAUUUUCUCCUAACUAAUUAUCAUAUGAUGAUUAUGGGUAAGAUAUUGAGUCAGGACUUUUUUCUGGGGUAUCACAAAAUUUUCUAUAUCUUUUUAACAGCUCUUCUGUAAUUCAACUAAAUCCUGAUUUAUCAGUUUAAUAAGUUAUAAGCCUUCGCUUAAGCUCUCCUACAUUAUUCUUCUACUACAAAAGUAGAGAUGGAUAUGUUUUAUUCUGUAAUAAAUAAUCUUUCUUUAAAUUCGAUUUAAAUCUUCUCUAAGUUGUUACAAUUUAGACUUUUGUAAAUGCUUAAGACAAUCCAAAUUAAGUUUAUUCUUUAUAUUUUAUUGGAUAAAAUUUUGAAUUGGCAUGCUACGGUUUUCAGAUAAUACACCACAAAUAUAUGAAAAUAAUAAAAAUUUUAGAUACAACCGUUAAUUUGUUUAAAAUAUUUUACAGCAAAACAGAAACAGAUUCACUUACAACUAUAAUUGAUAGUAUUAUAUUUAUUCCUAAAGUUAUUAGAAAUAUUGAAAAUAGUCCUUAUAGUUAUUCGUAAUUAGGUAGUGAUUCAUAAAUUAUCUAUGCAGAUAAUUAAAAUUACAUAGUUUAUUAUUACAUUGUUGAUUAAAAUUUAGAUAAAUUUGUUUUUAGUGAUUAUGAAGAUAAACUCUACCUAUUUGAUCCAUCGCUACCUAGCUAACAGCAAUUAAAAACUAUCUAGACUUUCUCUUCAAUUAGUUCUCUCUAGAUUUGUACUGAGUAGCAAACUGUUAUUAUAUAAACAGAUACACAAAAACUUUAUGUUUUUAAUUACAUGACUUAGAGAAUCAAAGCUAUAAAUUAUCUAUAAAAUCCAUAUUUAUCUUUAAAAUAAAUGCUGUUCUGCAAAAAAAAUCUGAUUGUUUUAUAUUCUCCUUCUAUUUUAGAAUAUUUUAUAAGCUCAGGAGAAUUAAAUCCUAAUCAAACAUUUAAUAUAUAGUAGAUGAAUAUAGAAGGCUGUAAACCUUAUUAUGAUAUUGACAGAAAAAUAUUAGUUUAUCCUGCUGAUUACCAAUACUAAUUUAUAUAAGUACAAGAAAAAACAACUUCACAGUAAUUUACUGUUUGUAAUUAGGAUUCCACUGUUUUCUAAUAUGACUAUCAAUACAAUUAUAUAUUGUAGAUAGAUGGGAAGACAAGAAGCAUAAAGAUAUUUGAUGCUUUAAAUGCUCAAAUAAAGUAUUUAACUAAUACAGCUAAUUAUUUUGAUAUCUAAAAUGUAUAUGUCGAUUUGAGCAACUAGCAAAUUAUUAUUUUAGAUUAAUCUCCAUCUCUCAUAAUUUAUUAAUAUCUGUAAAAUAAUUUCACUAGCUAAUUGCUACAAUACUAGAAAUUAUAUGGCUUCGUAAUCGAUAACAAUAAAAAUGCUAUUUUCUUUUACGACUCAUAAUUUAUUUAUUGUCACUCAUUUCCAAGUUUAAAAUUUUUAGAUGUCAUUUACGAUAAUCUAAAUUAUUCUUCUAAAAUUACCAGUAUUGCUUUAGAUUAAUAAUUAAAUGUAUUAACAGUUUACAAAGAUACCUAGGAUAUAAUUUUGUAUGACUUAUAACUAAGCAUCUACAGCGAAGAUUUGUUCUAGACGUAACUAUUAGAAAUUUAAAAUAUAGCCUUUGAUAAUAACUACUACUUAAUUUACAAUUUAAGAAAUAGGGCACUAUCUCUAUUUCAAUUUAAUUAAUUCAAAGAUAUAUAUAUAGUAAACUAAAUUGAUAGUUAAUUAUUAAAAUAUGCUCAGCUACUAAAGACAUCAGUCAAUCAGUUUAUUUACUAAAAUUUUAACUAUAUCUUGUAUGCAUCAGUUGAUAUAAUUAAAGGAAAAAUUGUGAAAAUAAGUGAGGCAUAUAUAAAACUCUCAAUUCACAGCAUUUAUUAUAAUAAAAAUCUUAAUAUUUUAUUAAUUGUUGAAAAUAAUUCAAAUAAUAUCUACCAAGUAUCUUUAAAGAAUACUAUUAAUACAACUCAACUACAAUUUAUUUUAAACAAAUCAAAUAAUGGUCAGAACAUAUAUUUUAAUGGAUUUAUACAAAACGAUAAUUUAAUUUAUUAUUCUUAAAAUAUUUUGUACACCUACAAAACUAAUAAUCAACUAAUUAGCUAAUAGAUCAGUACUAGUGAUAUUUCAUUAGUUAUAAAACUUUAAAAAGGUAAUAGCUAGCUUUAAAAUUAUAGUUACAUCCCAUUAAAUCAGUACACAAAUGAAUAUGAUAACUUGAAUGAUGACUUGUGUUUAAUUAUAGUUUAGAAUGAUUCUCAAAUCAAAAUAUUUAAUACUACUAGUUAAAAUAUAUAACACUCAAUUAAUAUUGAUUAUUUGGUAGUUAAUGUUUAUGUUGAAAGCUAACGAUAAUUAAUAUUUAUUGUUGGUAACUAAGGUAUUACAUAUAUCUUUAAUUACUAGCUCAUGUAAAUAAGUGUAAUUAGCAAUCCCUGUUUGAUAUAGACCAAGAUUUUAUCUGACGAUUUCUUUAUUUAUGUUUUCUGUAAUAGUCAGCUAGAUAUUUACAACAGAAUCAAUUUGAAGAGAGUGUAUCCUUAAAUUACUCUUUAAAGUCUUCACAGAGUUUAGUUUACAUACUAGAAAGAUAUUUUUAUUUUGGUUUAGAAUAAUUUGUUCUAGGUUGUAUCUCUUUCAUAGAAUUCAUCUACUCCAGUUAUUCUCUUCUCUAAGGAUUAAAACUUAUUAAAAAUUCUUUCUUUUGAUAUUAUUAGAGAUGUAAAUUCUAAUAGAUAUUUAGAAAUUAUAGCUUUAGGUUUGAUUGAUAUAGUUUACUAUAGAGUGUCACUAUAACAAAAUUCAUAAAUAUGUACUUAUCAAUACUAGCAAUCUGAUUCUACCAUAUAAAAUAACUUUUUACAAAAGAAUAUUCAAUUAAAUAUAGCUUACUCAAAUUAAUUUUUGAGGGAGCUUAGAAUUUAAUAUUAAAAUGGUUAAUUACUCUAAGCACCUCCUCUUUAUGGAAAUAUUUACCAAUAAGGGGUUAAGUUAUAUUAUUUCUCUUAAAGUGAUUAGACAAACAGUAGCGUUGUUUUGUUGAAAGAUGGUAGUAUAUUUGAUAAUUCACUUAUUACAAAUGUAUUAAUUAAUAGUGUAGGUAUAAAGACACUCGGAGAUUAAGUAGUGAUAAUAAACUCUAAAAAAAAUAUAAAUAAAUUUCAUUUGAUGAACAUAAAUAUUACUGAAAUAUAAGUACCUCUUCAAUUUAAUAAUAUAGAAACAUUAAUAAUAAAAAACUUAACUAUAAGCAAUUUAAAUUAUAAUAAUUUCACAGAUAUGAUUAGUUUCUAAAAUUGUACCAAUAUUGUUAUUGAAAAUUUACAAGUCUACAAUAGUAAUUUUACUUCUCAUUCAAUUUUGGAGUUUGUUAACUCGUCAAGUGUGAUUAUUGUAAAUAUGACGUGUACCAACUCUUAAAUAUACAACUUACUAUGCUUAAAUAAUGUAAUGCUCUUUUAACUUAAUUUCACAAAUUUGGAUAAAUUAUAUAUAAUUUAAAAUAUAAUUACUUAAAUAAUGGUUAAGUUUUCAAUUAUUUAGAAUGUUAAUUUAAAUAAAAUUGUUGGAGGCUACUUUGUUUAAUAGUUAGGUUGCUAAAUCCUUAAUUUAUAUGAUGUAUUAGUAACUAAUUCAGAGUCUAUGUCAGUAAUUGACGUAUCUGAUUUAACAAUUGAAGUCGUAUAUCAAAGUUUAAAUAUUACAAUCAAAAAUCUAAUUGUUAGAGAUUCGUAAAGUAUUACGCUAUAUAUCUCUUCGAAUAAUUUACUUAUGAUUAAAUCAUAAUUUUUUACAAUUAAGUAAAGUUAAGACAAUUUAAUGAGUAUAUAAGCUAAAAGAGUUCUUUUUGAGGAGACAGAAUUCAUAAAUAUAAGAUCAAAUGACACUAAACCAAUUUUAUACAUUUAAAAUUUUGAAGAAUCAACUCUAAAAUAAACAAGUUUUAAAAACAACCAAAUUCCUUUAAUUGAGUUUUUCAAUUAAGUUCAUGAUAACACAAUAUAUUUCUAAGAAGUUAUUGCAGUGUAAAAUUCAUGUAGCACUCAACUUAUAUUCUUAUAACUUACAUCAUCUCUAGUAAUUCAGAACUCCACUUUUUCUCAUAACAAAGGAGUAAUUAAUGGAGGAGUAAUUUCUAUUUUAAAUAUGAAACAAUUGAUUAUUUAAUAUUCUUAGUUUUAAGAAAAUGUUUGCUUAAAAGGAAAUGGAGGAGCUCUAUAUUUAUUUGAUGUAAUAAACACUUAAAUAAUUUAUUCUACUUUUACUGAAAAUUAAAGUUUAAUGUUAAAUGGUGGUGCUCUUUAUUAUUACAGCAGUGAUUAAGUCUAGAUUUGUACUAUCCUUAAUAUUACUUCUCAAAAUUAAUUUUCUAGCAAUUUGGCAACCUAAGGAAAAGGUGGAGCAAUUUUUUUAAGUAAAGUUAACCUAAUUAUUUAGGAUUCAAAAAUAUUUAAUAAUAGAGCAGGUAUUGGUGGUGGUAUGUAUUAUGAAACAAUAGUACCUGAUUCAGUAGUUGAUUAGUCAAUAUUUUAAAAGAAUAUUUUUUAGAAUAACACUGCUUUUUACUAUGGAAAAAAUUUAGGUUCUACAUUAAGAGGCAUGGAAAUUUCCCCCUAUUAAAAUAAUGAUGCCGAUUAUGAAAUGAAUUUGAAUUUAGAUAAAACUAUUUCCAUCAAAAAUUUUCAAAGUGGAUCAUAACUAAUGCUUAAGAAUAUUAAUUUUUUAGAUGAAGAAUAAAAUUAUUUGAAUUUGACUUAAUUAAAUUACUUAAACUUUGCUAGUUAAUUAGGAAAAGAGCUUGAUGGAAUUAGUUUGCAAAUUAGCAAUUCAAAUAAUAAAUAAGAUAUUUUAUUUUAAGGUGGGCUAGUAUCUAAAUAUUAAGAUAAUGGGUUUAGUUUUAAUGUAAGUUUAACUUAUAUGCCUAACAGCAACAGUAGUUUUAAAAUCAAUUCAAAUUUGUUAAGUCAGCUCCAAACAUCUUAAGGUUCUAUGUACAUAAAAGAAUCUUAGAUAUAGUUGUUAUUUUUUAUUGAAUUUAGAAGUUGCAUCCUAGGAGAAAUCAAGCUGGAUAUUCUAAAUAGGUAAAUUUGUGAGAAGUGUCCUGAUGGAAAAUAUUCUUUAAGCCAAAAAGAUUGGCAAUGCUAAAUCUGUCCUGAAUCUGCAAAAAGUUGCUAAGGUUCAAAUAUUUCCCUUAAAAAUGGAUUUUGGAGGAAGAAUAACUUAAGCGAUACUAUUGUAUAAUGUAAUGAGGAAUCCACUUCUUGCUAAGAAUCUAAUCCUCUAUCUAAAUUUGGAUGCAUAGAAGGCUAUAUAGGACCUUUAUGCUAGUAGUGUGAUUUUUUAGGAAAAAUAUGGCAAGAUAGAUAUUCAAUUGCAUUUCAAUCUAGUUAAUGCUUAAAAUGCAGCUCAAGAGCUUACUUUUUUAUUUUUAAUGCACUAUUUUUCUUGAUAUUUUAGUUUUUUUAAAUUUUCCUUGCUAUGUCAAGAAUAUCUGCUUAGGCUGAAAGAUAUCUUACAAUUUAUUAUUUAAAACUAGGUGGAUUUAUUUAUUUUAGCAAAUCUGAAUUAGCCCCAGCAAAUCCAGCAUAUUAGAAGAUACUGAUAGACCAUUUCUAAGUACUUUCGAUAGCUAGUACUUUUAAAUUAUAGUUUCCAAGCUUUUUUAAUUAUAGUUCUUAGGUUGUAGGAAAUCCUUUAUAGAUUUCUAGCUUUGCUUUUGAUUGCUUAUAUCCUUUGAACCUUCAAGCAGUCGUUCCUUACUGGUUUUUUUAAUUUCUCAUAUCAAUUAUAACUCCUUUAAUAUUGACACUUUUAUAUAUUACUUUCAAUAAAUUAAGAGGAAAGUGCUGCAAGUGUAAAAAUUAUAAUUCCAGAUAUAACAUGACUUCACUUAUAUACACUUACUUAUUUUUUUUCCCUUCAAUUGUAACAUUUAUUGCAAAAUCAGCUAACUGUAGAUAAAUUGGGGAUCAAAAAUAUACUUAAAUAGAUUUAACCUUAGAUUGUAGAUAGUAUGAUUAGCAUGGGAAAUUUUUAUAUUUUGCCAUUCUACCUUUUGCAUUUAUAUUUGUUAUAAUUUUCCCCUUUGCUUUAUUGCUCAAAAUAAAGUAAUAAAAGAAGAAUCAUUCAAAGAAAUUUUAGUAAAGUAUUUACAAAUUCUUGUUUGAAGAUUAUAGAGAAAAGAUUUACUUCUGGGAUAUAAUACGCCUUUGUAUUAAAUCAUUAGUUAUGAUAACUGCUAUACUUUUGUAAGAUUAUACCAUUAUAAAUGCUUGUACAAACAGUUCAGUAUUAAUUGCUUAUUACUCUUUAUAGAUGAAGCUAAAGCCAUAUAAGAACUAAAAUCAUAAUUACUUAGAGUCUCAAUCAAUACUGAUAUCAAUAUUAACAAUAAACCUUUGCCUACUCUACCAAGAAAUUAUUUUAAUCUAUAAUAUAAUAGGAUAAAUUAUUUCUUUAUUUAUAUACACUGUCAACUCAUACUUUGCUCUAAAGCUAGUGAUAUAUAUUUUCAUUAAGCCUAUUCCUUCAGAGAGAAAAAAAAGAAAUAUUUUUCAAUAGAUGCUAUUCAGAGCAAAGGUUUUAUUCCCAAAUAUUUUUACUAUUAUUGUUAUUUAGCCAAAGAUAUCAAUGGCAGCUCUAUAAAAAUUAAAAAAAUUAAAAUAAAAUAUAAAAUUAUUAGCACUUUAUGGAAUAGAAAAGCAGAAAAAAGAUAAUUAAUAGUUUCAAACACAUUUUUCUAAAUUUCUUAGAUAAUCAACCAUUAAUAACUCUGUAAGAGGACCAUUGUAAUCCCAAUUGGUUAAAUUAAUUGAUAACUUUUAAUCUGAUUCUAUAGUAAAUUCCGAGAUACUUCCUUCAGAAAUAGUACCGCCAUUAUAGCUUUAAAAUAAAUAUUUUACAAGAUUAGCCAACAACACAGAAAAAAAGAGAAAUAAUUUCUAAUUCAGGUUACUAGAAAUGGAAAAGUAAAGCAUUUUUACUCCAAAUAUUAGUCAUAAUAGUCCAAAUAGAGUAAUUGAAAUUAAUUCUUUUGUAUAGAUGAGUUCCACAAAAGAAAAUGAAGAAAUAUAAAUUAAUGAAAAAAACUAAUCAAAUUGA